AUGUUUCUCACUCUACCACUAUCAAGAUUAUUCAAACUGUACACUCAUGCGUUCAGUUUAUUGAUAUUUGCUUUUGCACACUAUAUGUCAACGACAUAUGUGAAUCUUGAACAGAACAGCGAGGAUAAAGAGCUGAAGCUUGACGACUUUGUGAAGUUGGAAAGGCAUGGAUUCCACUUUUUGGCACAGAAAGUGAUGUGGGCAGAGCCUUUCUCACUGUAUUCACUCUUCCAAUCGUUGCUCGAAUGUGUGGAUUUCCCUUUGGAAAAGCUAAUUUUAGCUCAUAAUGUCGCUUGUUCGCUGGUGAUGUUGUUUAUAUGUAUAUAUGUUUUGAAUCGUGUGCCAGACAUGGUUCACGGCAUGCGAACAGCGUUUCGUCAAAUCAAGGCUAUAUUUGUUGUACGAGGACUAGCCGGUGGAUUCGUCACUGUCUGGCGCCGUCUUCGUAUUGCUGAGCUGAUGACGUGUGCAUGGCUGACAAUGUUUGUGAUUCGUAUGUACGUUGAGAUUUGGGAGAAGGGACGAACUUGGCAAGAGGCAGGUCCAGCAUUACUUGCUAGUAUUGCUGAGAGUACCAACACACCCAUUUCUUUACUCGCUCUUGCAUUAACGGUUUCGUUCGUAUGUAAAUGGGUUGUCGAUGGUGCUCAACUGGUAUACCGAGGCAUUGACACUUGUCCUGUUAUGCCUGCAGACUGGCUUGCUUGGUAUGAAAACGGAGCAAAAGGCUUUCCUGCUAGGCUGCUGGUCCUCUAUUAUCUCUGGCCGCUUCUCCUUCGGCAUCUCGCGGCCGACAUAUUCGAUGCUUGCUACUUGCCAAUCACCAUGGCUUGUGCUAUAACAGCCUUUCUACCGAUUGAUUUGUGGUGUGUUAUCAUUGUAUCUAAUUGUGUGCUUACCACCAUUCAUGCAGCUUCCUCAACUGUGCAAUAUGCUAUCGGGAUGAUUGAGUCCCGGUCAACUGAGCCGUGGGAACACAGCGACGAUCUCAUGUUCUGGACCAGGAUGGUGACGAAAGUUUUCGAGCUCUCCAUAGCACUCAUUGUGCUGGUGUAUGGCAUCGUCUUCACUGUAUCUGGGAAUUGGACAUUGGCCACCAUCGCGGUACUUGUUUUUCACGUGAUAUUCAAUAUCUAUAGAAGGAUGGAGACACUGCUAGGAUCAAUGACUGCUCGACAAGCUGCAGUGAAAAAUAUCAACCGUUUGCCUCGUGCUAGCAGAGAGGAACUAAAAGCUCGAAGCGAUAUUUGCGCAAUUUGCAUGAUGGAAAUGUGGGAAGAGGCACGAGUGACGCCGUGCAAGCACUUCUUCCAUGGCGCCUGUCUCAGGAAAUGGCUCUCUGUGAGGCAGGUGUGCCCACUAUGUUACUCGGAACUGCUGGACCCUAUCAGUGAGCCCGCUGUCGAAGAGUUCAGAAGAGAAGCAUCGCCAGAGCGUGAAAGAAUACGUGAAAGGAAUCCGGAAUGGAGGGAACUGCGUGCCAUGGAAGGAGCUCGUGACAUGUGGCCGUUGAUGGAGCAGGUUUUCGAGAAUGAAAGCGACACAGAGAGCGAUUCUUCUUCAGCGACAGAGUAUACGCUAGCAAGUUCGGAAAAUGAGUACUUGGAAUAG